AUGCCUAUCGAAAUAUCACAUUCAUCUCAUGAUACUAUCGAUUUAACUCGUCUUCGUUGGCGUUUUGUGAUAUGUUCUGCUUCAUUCUAUGUAAAUGCUAUUACAUGGGGAUUUAUUUCUUCAACUGGAAUAUUCGAAGAUGCAUUCAAAAAUACUUAUCAAUUAUCAUCAUUUAAAUCGACUCUUCCAGGUUCUAUACAAAUUGCUACUAUGUCUGUAUUCAGCGUUUUUGCCAGCGUAUUGACAAUAAAGUAUGGUGUUCGAUGGACAACAGUAUCGGGUGCUUUUAUUUCAGCUAUUGGUUCGAUAUUAGCAGCCACUGUUGGAGAUUAUUGGGCUUAUUGUUCAUUCUAUGGAGUUCUUAUUGGUGCUGGCGAAGCUUUUAUGCUUGUACCUGCCGUUUUGGCCAUUCCACCUUACUUUCACUUUAAUCGUGUUUCAUUAGCAACUGCUUCAGCUGUAAGUGGUGCAUCAAUUGGAAUGUUUGGAAUUCCAUUGUUACUUCAAUAUCUUCUUGAUUCAUAUGGUCUUCGUGGAGCAACACUUUUAGGAAGUUGUUUAUGGUUAAGUGUUGCUCUUGCUGGUUCUCUGUUUGGUCAAGGUGUAAUAAGUAUUGAAGAAGAAAAUACUGAAAUAUUUUCAGAUGAAUCUUUUAUGACAAAGACAGAAAAUGAAAAAGAACAUCCCACAAUUAUGCAACAUCAAUCUAAUGCAUCCAAUAGUGGAUUAGUAUAUAGUCGACGAACAUCUCUUUUACCAACGUCUGUUCAUUAUCAUAAACAACAAAAACGUUUGUCAUCAUCCUAUCAACAACAUCGCAAUAGUGAUAAAUUAAUGGAUAAUAUGCCUAAUAUUUUAGAAGGAAUAACAUCUAAUCUUCGAGAUAAAUCAAGAAGCUCAGUAGAUUCAUCAACAAUUAUCAUGAAGUCUCAUACUCUUCAAUCAAUAAAUACUAAUGCUCAUUCACUAAUUCCUCAUAAUGAUCACAAUCGUUUAUCAUUUGUGGCUAUUGCACAUGCAGUUCGAAUGACAGAUAAUACAAUUUAUAAACAAAUUGAUAUAUCUCAACAACAACAGCAACAAUUUCAAAUACAAUCAAAUUUAUCCAAAGAUAAUGAAUAUUUUCAUUAUAAAAUAAUCUCUGAAAUAUGUUGUUUACUUCGUAUUAAUAUUUUUCGUAUACUAAUUAUAUCAAUAAUUCUUGUUUGGUCAUUGGAUGAAACAAAUUUUUUAUUUCUUACUGAUCUUCUUAAAUCAUCUGGACAAUCAGAACAACGAUCAACAUUAUUAAUUUCUAUUAUAGGUGUGGCAGAUUUAAUAGGACAAUUAUUUUUCGGGUAUGCUCUAAAAAUUUCUUAUAAUAUAAUUGUUUUAUUUGUUGAAAGAUAUUUGGGUGAUAUUGAAUGUAUUGAUUCAUUUAUUCUAUGGACAUGUACAUCAAUUAUUGCUGGUUUAACACUUAGCAUAGCUCCAUUUGUUGGAUCUUAUGGAAUUAUUAGUUUAUGUUUACUUUUUGCUGUUCAUGCUUUCUUUCUUGCAGCUCCUAAUGCACUUGGCAAUAUUAUUAUGAUAGAAGUUGUUGGUAUGCAUCGUUAUCCUUUGGCUUAUGGAUUUAGUUUACUUGUUAGUGGAUCAACAUCAUUGUUCGGUUAUCCGUUACUUGGUUUGCUGAAAGAUAAAACACAAAGUUGGACAAUACCAUUUGCACUUGUUGGUUCUAUUAUGAUUUUUGGUGGUCUUGUAGCUGGAACAAUUCCAUUAUAUACAUAUUAUAAGAUGAAAAAAAGAAAACCGAAGAAAAUAUCUAUGACUGGAAACUGA